GACCUUUGGCACGUGCAAUUCGCGCAAACACAGCGAGCGAUACGUGUGAGUCUGGUAGCUAGUAGGCCUUGUUGAUUUGAAGGUUUAGAAAAUGACUAAACACACAGAUUUCGCUAACUAACAGUUUUCGCGCAAGUUGCAGGUGUCAAAGGUCACGUCAUCCGAGUGGGCGUUGACCUCUUGCACGACAUCUUCAAUAUGGCGGCGGGUUUGUUUUCCUUCGUGACGAUGGAUCUGCAAACAGUCUUAGUUCUCGUCCUGUUGUUUCUGGCGGGCGUCUUGCUGGUCUAUCGGAGGGGACGUCGGCUGAACCUCCCCCCGGGACCCCGGGGGCUUCCUGUCGUGGGGAACCUUCUCAGUUUGCGUCCCAGCAAACUGCUGUCCAACAUGGCGGCCUGGCGUCAGCAGUACGGGGAUGUGUACUGUGUGAGGUUCAUGAAUAGGGUCAUUGUUGUGCUGUGCGGACAUAAGGCCAUCCACGACGCUCUGGUGAAGCAGCCGGAGAUAUUCUCAGACCGACCGAACGCGAGGCUCUUAAGACGAGACCCUGGUUUGGUGAUGGCUCCUUACGGAGAACGUUGGGCAGAACGACGCCGGUUCGCCCUGUCUGCCCUCCGACAGUUCGGCAUGGGAAGGCGCAGCGCCGAGGGAAGGAUUCUGGAAGAGACGGCAGCUCUGUGCGACGCUAUACGGUCCCUGGAAGGAGCGCCAGCUAACAUAUCCCACCUCCUAUGUAACGCUGUCUGUAACAUCAUCUGUUCUAUGUCGUUUGGAAAACGGUUCCAGUAUGACGACGAAGAGUUUAAGCGUUUGGCGCAUGCGUUUUCAUACCUCGUUGGCGUGCGUAACAGAAUCACGGGCAUGCUGCUUCAGUUCGUGAUGCCGGUUCUGAGGAAGUUCCCCAUGACGCGCGACUGGCGCGGGUACGGCAUACGAAUGAACGACUACGUCAUAGAGUUCAUCAUGAAACGCGCGGAGGAACACAAGGCGAGUUUCGACAGGUCGGACAUCAGAGACAUCAUCGACGUCUACUUGAGCGAAGACGCCGGCAGCGGUGUCAACGAAGAGGCACUCGGCACGGUCAUCCGAGAUCUCUUCAUUGCCGGUUCUGAAACAACGGCGACGACGUUAAAGUGGGGGCUGCUCUACACUUCCCUGAACCCAGACGUGCAGACCAAAGUGCAAGAAGAGAUCGACCGGGAGUUCCCGUCUGGAGGAGUCCCGCCAUGGUCAGAGCGCGGACGGCUGCCCUACACCGAGGCAACCAUCAUGGAAAUCCAGCGGAUCCGUGCGAUCGUGCCUCUGAGCGUUUUCCACGGCACCAGUGCUGACACCACCCUGUACGGAUACGACAUCCCAACCGGUACGUACAUCAUCCCGAGUCUCUGGUCCGCCAUGAUGGAUCCAGAGGUCACGCCGGAACCGGAGAAGUUCCGACCUGAAAGGUUCCUGGAUGAAGAAGGGAAGGUGGUCAAACCGGAAUGGUUUUUACCUUUUUCCGCAGGUCGGAGACGGUGUUUGGGAGAGCAGCUUGCCAAGAUGGAACUGUUUCUCUUCUACACCAGCCUGCUGCAGCAGUUCACCUUCAAACUGCCAGACGGCGCACCUACACCACCCAUGGACGGCGCUCUUGGAUUUGUAUUGUGCCCUGCACAGUAUGACAUCUGCGCCGUUCCCAGACACAUUUCAUAAAGCAGAGAAAUAUACAGGAAAAAGAAAUGAUAGCUGGUAUCAUGAUAAUUUUCCAAAACGUUAACCUUGGUUAACAUUGAUGUGAAGUACUAUGUACUAUUAUGAAAUGCAGUAUUGUUAACUGAGCAUUAUAAUUGAUAAGGUAUACCCGGAUUUACAUUUUCUUUACUCUAAUACAACAUAAAGGUGUAGUAGCUAUGGGCUCCUUUUAAUUUUCUACAUUACGCAAAUAUCGUUCAAAUGUAAACUAGUGUGGCAAACUGGUUGUGAUAGAUUAUACCAUGUAUGUGUACAUUAUUACCUUCACCAAGGUUAUGUUUUCAGAGGCGUUCGUGUGUCUUUGUGAA